UCAUACUCACUCACACUUCAACCCUAACCACACAAAUUCACCAAGAACCUGAAUAAAAACCCAGAAAAGGAAACUUGCAUGCGAACUGCAAUGGCGAUCUCUUGUUCUUCUUCUUCAAUGCUGCCACUUUCUGUUAUCCUCGCCGGUCUGCUCGUUUCCUCUGUUUCGGCUAAUUUCUACCGAAAUGUGGAGAUCACGUGGGGAGACGGACGCGGGCAGAUCAAGAACAACGGCGAGCUUCUUACUCUGUCCCUCGACAAGCCCUCCGGCUCCGGAUUUCAGUCCAAGAACGAGUUCUUGUUCGGCAAAAUCGACAUGCAGAUCAAGCUUGUCGCCGGAAACUCCGCCGGAACAGUCACCGCCUACUAUUUGAAGUCACCUGGAUCAACGUGGGACGAGAUCGAUUUCGAGUUCUUGGGCAAUCUCAGUGGCGAUCCUUACACUCUCCACACUAAUGUCUUCACACAAGGAAAGGGCAACCGCGAACAGCAGUUCAAACUCUGGUUCGACCCGACAUCAGAUUUUCACUCUUACUCCAUCACGUGGAACCCCCAACGCAUCAUAUUCUCUGUGGACGGGACUCCGAUCAGAGAAUUCAAGAACAUGGAGUCUCAAGGUGUUCUGUUUCCGAAGAGCCAGCCGAUGAGGAUGUACUCGAGUCUAUGGAACGCCGACGACUGGGCCACGAGGGGCGGUCUGGUGAAGACGGACUGGUCACAGGCUCCCUUCACGGCCUCGUACCGUGGCUUCAACGAGGACGCAUGCGUCUGGUCCAACGGAAAGUCGUCCUGUCCGAACGGCUCGAGCCAGGGGACAGGCGGCUCGUGGUUGUCUCAAGAACUGGACACGGCCGGUCAAGAACGGAUGAGAUGGGUUGAGAGGAACUACAUGAUCUACAACUACUGUACGGACACCCAGAGGUUCCCUCAGGGUCUCCCAAAGGAAUGCAUGGCAGCGUAGAGAUUUAAAACAAAUUAAAAUUUAUUCUUUUGUUUGUUGUAUAUCGUGAUAUUUACUGUCUCGUCGGACCAAAUUUUGUUUUGUUGGUUCGAUGUGAAUCUUCAGCAACGAGUUGUCAUGAAUAACAUUCUUUCGGUUUAUCUGUUU